GGUCGCGCGGCCUCCAGAUCUCUCGUGGUGGUGUGUGGCGGCCUGCGGCAUCAAGAGCUGGCUCAAGGUAUAUAUAGAGAGGAGAGUUAUGGCUGGGCAUCACUUGGUUCCGCUGAGCCAGAACCAUGAAGCCUCUGGUCUUGCUCGUAUUGGCGAUGGGCGUCUGGGUGGCGCUGGCGGCACCUGGUGGCGGCUCCUGCUGUGGCGGCGGUGGAGGCUACGGCGGUGGCGGUGGUGGAAGCAGUGUUGUGAGGGCACAGCUCGUUGGUCACCACAGUCACACCUCCGGCGGCGGAGGCGGCGGUGGUUACGGCAGCAGUGGGAGUCAUGGCGGUCACGGCGGCAGUUACGGUGGCGGUAGCGGCUGCUGUGGUUAAAUCUCCAUCAAGCAAUGUUCAGCUGUUCUACUUCUAAAGACAAUCCUCGGCCGACCCUCUGUGUCAUCGUCACUUGUACCCGUCCUCUUUCUCAAUAAACGAGCAACCUCUC